AUGACACUGUCCUCUGCGGUGAUAGGGCUGUUGGUAGCUCUAGCUACAGCUCAGCAACCACAAUAUCCUCCCGCUUUUCCUCUGCAGCCGUCUUUGGCAUCGGCAUACAACAACGCUCCAAGUGUUCUUCCCAACAUUCUUGAUAGCAGUGCUCCCAAUGCUCAAGUAGUGUGUUCGGGCUACAAAGCCUCAAACGUUCAACAAAGCAGCUCGGGUAUCCAGGCCGAUUUGACUUUGGCUGGUACAGCAUGUAAUGUGUACGGUAACGAUAUUAAAGAUCUUGUUCUAUCUGUCAGGUACCAGAGUCAAAGCAGACUCGCUGUCAGCAUCACUCCAAAGUAUCUGGCUCCGCACAACGAGUCCCUCUACAUCCUUAAUGAGCGAUUCACACCACUACCCGGAGCAGAAGACGGCUGUAGCAACACCACCAGCGACUUGGCUUUCUCGUGGAGCAACAAUCCUACCUUCCAAUUCAUGGUGUCUCGCGUUGGCUCAGGCGAGACCAUCUUCAGUACUUAUGGAAAGAAGAUUGUCUUCGAAGAUCAAUUCCUUGAGCUCGUCACCUCAAUGGUGCCAGACUACAACGUGUACGGCCUAGCCGAGUCGUUCCACUCCUUCAGACUAGGAACCAACUACACGCAGACUUUCUGGAAUGCGUACAACCUUGAUAAUGAUCAGUUGCCUGAUGUCAAUGGACAUAGCACGCAUCCAGUAUACCUCGAGACUCGCUAUGGUAACGGCUCUUCGACAUCGCAUGGAGUGUAUGCUAGAAACGCUCAUGGACAAGAGUGGCUUCUCAGAGAAGAUUCAAUCACGUACCGUACGAUCGGUGGUAGUUUCGACUUCUACUUCCUCAGCGGUCCAACUCCGAAGGAAGUCAUCAGCCAGUACCAAGUCGGUAUCGUCAAUACACCCAUCAUGCAGAGCUAUUGGUCACUCGGCUUCCAUCAAUGUCGUUGGGGCUACCUGAACUGGACCAAUCUUCGAGAUGUGGUCGAGCUAUAUGCCGAGCAGGGCAUUCAGCUCGAAGGCAUCAUGAACGAUCUCGAUUACCUGAACUUGAAUCGUAUCUUCACAAACAAUGCAAACUACCCUGUCGGUGAGGGCAAGGAGUUCCUGGACUGGCUGCACGCUCGCGGCCAGUACUACUUGCCUAUUCUGGACCCAAACGUUUAUGCUCCAGAUCCGACCAACGCCAGUGACACAUACGCCCCCUAUGAUCGUGGUGUAGAGCUUGAAGUCUUCAUCAGGAACGGUAAUAACAGCCUAUACUACGGCAUGGAGUGGAACGGUUUCAGCGUCUGGCCCGAUUUCUCGGUCCCACAAGCUCAGCAAUUCUGGACUGAGCAGUUUGUCGAGUACCGCAAGAAGUUGGCCUUCGAUGGUUUCUGGCUCGAUGUCAGUGAUCCAACGUCAUGGUGCACCGGAAGCUGCGGUCAGUACCAGCGAAGCCUGAACCCAGUACAUGUGCCCUUCGCACUACCUGGAGACCCAAACACGAGUAUUGCUGUCGAUUUCCGAUAUCCCGAAAUGUUCAACAUCACAAAUGCGACCGAAGCAGCUGCAGCCAGUGCCUCAAGAGCCUCACAGAUGUCGGCUUAUCCUUCGAUGACGCUUGCACCUUCUCCUGUGUUGAGACGCACACUUGCCACACCCGGUGUUCGUAACAUAAACUUCCCGCCCUACGCCAUCAAUAACUUUUUGCCUGGACACAGUCUGUUGAAACAAGUAAUUGCACCGAACGCCACUCAUCUAGACGGACCAUACAAUAGCACCGAGUAUGAAUUGCAUAAUCUGUACGGCCAUCUCAGUGGUAACGCGACAUACAAUGCACUUGUUGAAGUGUAUGAAGGCAAGAGACCGUGGUUCAUCGCCAGAAGCACUUUUGCUGGAAGUGGAAGCUUUGCUGGCCAUUGGGGCGGUGACACGAAUUCCGACUGGGGCGACAUGUAUUUCGGUAUCUCGCAAGCAUUGCAGUUCUCCAUCGUUGGUAUUCCAUACUUCGGUGUCGAGACGUGUGGCUUCAAUGGUAACUCAGACAUGGAGCUGUGUACAAGAUGGAUGCAGCUCAGCGCUUGGUUCCCAAUGUAUCGCAACCACAACAACCGUAAUACGAUUGCACAAGAAGCAUACCGAUGGUCAACCACAGCUGAGUCGACUCGCCGCAUUAUGAAUAUCCGCUACUCCUUGCUGCCGUACACAUACACACUCUUCCACAAAGCAAACAAGGCCGGUGAAACCGUGCUCAGAGCUCUGGCAUGGGAGUUCCCCGAUGAUGCCUCGCUCAAGGCCAUUGACAACCAAUUUAUGAGUGGUCCGGCAUUGCUAGUGACGCCAGUGCUCGCACCACUCGCUACCACAGUUCAAGGAGUGUUCCCUGGAGUGGCUGCCGGAACAAUCUGGUAUGAUUGGUACACCCUGCAAAAGGUAGACGUAGUGGCCGGUGAGAACAAGACGAUGAGCGCACCAAUCGAGCAUCAGCCAAUCGCUGUCAGAGGCGGCUACAUCAUUCCCAUUCAAAAGGCUGGAAACACGACUGCCAUGUCUCGAAAGAGUCCUUGGAGUUUGCUCAUCGCCCUUGACAAGGAUGGUAAGGCAAGCGGUGAGCUGUAUCUCGACGACGGCAUCAACAUUGUUCAGAAUGCGACCAAGAACGUCGAGAUCGAGUUUUCAAAGGGCAUGCUGUCUACCAAGGUGGCUGGUGACUUCCAGGACGGUAUCCCACUAGCGAACAUCACGAUCGCUGGAGCAUCGGCUUUGCCCAAGGAUAUUAGUCUUCACAUUGAUGGUGCAGCAUGCGAAACUGCCGUUGUUGAAGUUAAGACUGGUGGCGAUGUGACUUAUAUCACCGGGCUUGAGGGUGUGACGACGGGUGGAGCCUGGCAGAACGAUCUGACGCUCAAGUUGGUGUACUGA